AUGUUGUCUCUUUUCAUCCAAUGGAGUGAUACACCGAAUCCGAACAGUCGUAAGUUUGUUCCAGGCACGCCCGUACUGGGUACAGGUACCAUGGAUUUUCAAACCAAAUCUAGCACAAUUAACUCUCCAUUGGCGAAGAACCUUUUUCAAAUAGGGGGUGUUUCUGGCGUUCUUCUUGGGCCCGAUUUUGUGACCAUCACCAAAACCGCUGACACCGACUGGACUGUAAUCAACCCCGACAUAUUCGCCUGUUUGAUGGACUUCUUUACUGCUGGAACUCCUGUUAUCAACGAGAUUCAUGAGGAAGAUGUCGGAGGGGAGGAGGACGAGGAUACAACUGUAUCGAUGAUAAAGGAGCUGUUGGAUAGUCGCAUCCGACCGACGGUUCAGGAAGAUGGUGGUGACAUCACCUUUGUCGACUUCAAAGACGGUGUGGUGUACUUGAAGAUGCAGGGCUCCUGUACCAGCUGCCCCAGUUCCACAGUUACACUGAAACAUGGGGUGCAAAAUAUGCUCCAAUUCUACAUCCCCGAAGUAGAAGCCGUGGAAGAAGUGGAAGACUCCGUCUCCCAGGAGGCUUUCGACAAGACUGAGGCUACUAUUUCUGCUACUAAGGUUGCUCCUGAGGACCAUUCCACUCCCCCUCCUGGGAAGCCAGAUCAUUAG